CAAAAAGCAAGGAACCACAUGCGGUCUGUUUGGAUUCUUCGUUUUGUUAUCUUAGAACAGCUGUACUUUGGUGAAAACGUCGAUCUGGUAUAAAUUCAGCGGUGUCAUGAUGUUUUGGGAGAUUCGCAGAAUACAAUGGACACGGUUGUUUGCAAUGGAAACAUUUGGCCUUUUAAACACAAAGCGAGUCCAAUAAGAAAAUACUAGUGCUGUGCACACAACGGACAAAUGUGUUGGAAAUGUUAAAUUCGAUCUGUACAAUGUUGUAGCCGAUUUCUCAACGGGAAAUACCUUUUCCAAACCUGUAAUCGAGAUAGAAUUCAAGAAACAGCGUUGGUAAAAACUGCCAGCUGUACAAGAUGAUCAUGUUUCACUAACAGCUCUUGAAAUGUUUUCAAUCCAGCCAGACUGAGCGCCUCCCUUCAUUCUGAGACACGAUCCUUAAAUGAUGACCUAUUCUUUGCUAAAAGCAAUGUGAUCUAUUACACAGAUCAUGGCAUGUUGGUUAUUCCUGUUUUCUGCAAGACUGCCAUUGAGGAUCACUAAAGAAAAUGGGGAUCAAGUCCAGGAAUGUUGGUAAUGCUUCGGAGGAGCAAAAACACAGUAAUGAUGGGUUGUCGGGGGAGGUAGAUCAUAUCAACGUGGGGUUGGGGUCUGGGACUGAUAAAGAUGGAACCCUUUUGCUGAUGGGUCCCGAAAAAGAUAAUUUUAAACGCGAUUCUCAGUGUCUGGGACUCUUGGCCAAAACGCCCCUGGGAUACACGAGACCUGUGAAGCGGAAUAAUGUCAAGUACAGAAGAAUUCAGAACUUGAUUUACGACGCGCUUGAGAGACCGAGAGGAUGGGCAUUACUCUAUCAUGCUUUUGUAUUUUUGAUUGUGCUUGGGUGUUUAAUCUUGGCCAUCUUGACAACUUUCAAAGAAUAUGAAGAGGUAUCAAACUGGCUUGUUAUAUUGGAAACCUUCACCAUUUUCAUAUUCGGAUCAGAGUUUGCUUUAAGAAUUUGGGCUGCUGGUUGCUGUUGUCGAUAUAAAGGAUGGAGGGGGCGCCUGAAAUUUGCCAGGAAGCCUUUGUGUAUUUUAGAUAUCUUUGUACUCAUUGCCUCAGUGCCAGUUGUGAUUAUGCAGAAUGAAGGGAACGUGUUGGCCACAUCCCUGAGAAGUUUACGUUUUCUGCAGAUAUUGCGGAUGCUUCGGAUGGACAGAAGGGGAGGAACAUGGAAGCUUUUAGGCUCAGCCAUUUAUGCACACAGCAAGGAACUCAUCACUGCCUGGUACAUUGGAUUCCUGUCCCUCAUCCUUGCAUCAUUUCUUGUUUACUUGGUCGAAAAAAAUGACAUUGAUAUGGAGUUAACUCCCACACCCACUGGUAACCCAAAUAAUAUCCAGGAUUUUGAUACAUAUGCAGAUGCACUGUGGUGGGGCUUGAUAACCCUAACAACUAUAGGCUACGGUGACAAAACCCCUAAAACAUGGGCAGGUCGUCUCCUAGCCGGAACAUUUGCCCUCGUUGGAGUCUCAUUCUUUGCACUUCCAGCUGGGAUUCUAGGCUCAGGGUUGGCUUUAAAAGUCCAGGAGCAGCAUCGGCAGAAACACUUUGAGAAGCGCAGGCACCCAGCAGCAGUUCUGAUACAGUCUGCAUGGAGGUAUUAUGCCACCAACCCCAGCAGAAAUGAUCUUAUUGCCACCUGGAGAUUUUAUGAGACCAUCAUAUCACUACCCUGUUUCAGAAAGGAUCAACUUGAAGGAGUUUCCAGCCAGAAAAUGAGUCUCCUGGAGCGUGUUCUCCUGUCUAACCCGCGAGCGGCAACUAUCAAGGGCAAGCUGGUCACACCUGUGAAUGCAGAUGCUAUCGAAGAGAGCCCAUCUAAGGAGUCAAAGGCGGGGGCCUACAGUAACAGAGAGAGAUUCCGAACUGCCUUUCGUAUGAAAGCAUAUGCUUUUAGACAGAGUUCAGAAGAUGCUGGAGCUCUGGCAGACCCAGGGUCUGAAGACAAGGGUUACCCCAGCGACCUGUUACUGGAAGACAUGAUACCGACACUGAAAACAGUGAUCAGGGCUGUUAGAAUCAUGAAAUUUCUUCUGAAUAAAAAAAAAUUCAAGGAGACACUGAGGCCUUAUGACGUAAAGGAUGUGAUAGAACAGUACUCAGCAGGACAUAUUGAUAUGCUUUCUAGAAUUAAAUACCUCCAAACAAGAAUAGAUAUGAUUUUGUCUCCAGGGCCCCCUUCAACUCCAAAACAUAAGAAGGCUCAAAAAGGGUCCUUUUCAUACCCUUCCCAACAAUCUCCUAGAAAUGACCCAUAUUUACCAAAAGGACCAGUGCUAGAGGGUGAAGACCAAAGCAUGAUGGGAAGAUUUGUGAAAGUUAAAAGACAGGUUGAACAUAUGGAGAAAAAACUUGACUUCUUAGUGGACAUGCAUAUGCAGCAUAUGGACCAACUGCAGGAAGAACCAUGCAGAUGUCAUUUUCCAAAGGAGACUACAGGCCAACAAAGCCCAACAGACGACAAAGAGGACAAUAGGUACACAGAGAUAAAAAAGGUAUUUUUCAACUACACUGAACCUUGUCCUCAUAUGUCUUACCAACUCCCAGUCAGCAAGGUGACGCCAUAUAGUUUCUUCAGGAAUGAUCCAAGGUGCACCAACUUUUCAGCAUCUUUGACAAUGGACGGGUCAGGCUGCAUGAGGCUAUCACCUCCCCCUGUUCCAUACUACACUGAACGCCCCAAUGUUUUGCACAUCAGUACACUGGUGGACUCCAGAAAUAGCCUGCAAUAUGAAAGGGAGCAGCAAACCCCCUUCAUGGAUUGCCCAUCACCACGGCAGGGCUGGACCUUGAUGCGCGACACAGAUACCCCACUGUCACUUCUUUCAGUUAACCACGAGGAACUGGAUCGCUCACCCAGUGGCUUCAGCAUCUCCCAAGAGAAAGAUGAUUUGACUUUUGGCCCUAAUGGAGGGGGGUCAAGUUGGAUGAAAGAAAAACGAUACUUAGCAGAAGGUGAGACAGACACUGAUACUGAUCCUUUCACACCAAGUGGGCCUCUUCCUUUGUCAUUGACGGGGGAAGGAUUUCCUGACUCAGUAUGGACCAACUCCAGUACCGGAAUUUAGCUGGGUAUGGGACAAGGGAGGUUUUGAGAAGGGGGCCACAAAUAGAUGUCUUUAAUGUAAAGUAUACACACUUUGUUUUUAUUUCUUCAUGAGGUGAAAUAUACAAAUUCACCCAAAGAUUUAUUGCUACAGAGCAACAGGCACUGCAUGUAAUGCAUGCAAAUCUAGUGAUAGACACUGCAAAGUCCAGAUAUUAAAAAUAAGAAGCUAUUUCAUUUUAUAACAGUAAAAAGAAACUUCAGUUUUUUUGCAAAUGUUUUGUAUGGAGCUACACCAUAUAAAAUGAUGGAACCAAAUUGUAGCUUGAUUUCACAAUGGCUUUGAUUCCAGUUUCAUGUGCCAGAAAUGAAACAGAUAAAAUUAAUUAAUUAAUUUUCUUGAAUAAGGUGCAACAAGGUAUAGAGGUGUGAAGACAGCCCAACUUCAAUUCAUGUGUGUGACAGUUCUGCAGGGGUGUGGAAUGUUUGAAAAUAUAUAUGGUAGUGUUUGCAUAGUCCAUAAAUGUAUCUAUAUGGGUGAAUGCUGAAUUUUAGAAACAAGAGUACUGUACGUACUAAUUUGACUUAGAAGAUAGGAUAAACACAAUACAUCUUUAACAGAUUAUUCUUUUGCUGUUCCACCUGCAUGUUUACAUUUUGACACAUGAUAGCACUUAUGGAUACAGAGCGGCUAUUUGUAAAACCUAUUUGCAACAUGUAAAAUGUCCUAUCACCUUUACAGAACUAGUAUAAAUAAUAUGGUGGUAAUUUGAUGUUCUAAUAUUUAUUGGGAAUGAAAAGCAGAAUUUAGAUAUAAUUAAAGCAUGUGAAUUCCUUUUUUUUAAACCAAUAAACACCUUAAAAUGUAUUAACAAGUUGUGUUUACUUAGAAGACAAUAUUACAUUAUCCACUAACCUAACAGUGUCUUUUUAAAUAGCAAGACCAUUUGGGAAGUCAUUUCGUCUAGCUUUUAAUUUGCAAGGUAAGUAUAAUUGAAUACUAGGUUUUCUGUGCAUGAUUUUCUUAUUUACAAUAAACAACACAGAUAGAAAACACGCAUUUGCUAAAUCAGUAAUAUUGAUGCAUAUGAGCAAACCCAGGAAACCUAAAUAGUUAUUCUUAUUUUAAUGCCCUUUCCCAAUCCCUUGGUUCCUGCCAAGAGUAGAGGUAGUGCGUCACCGAGUGACUCCCUGGUAAAAGUCAGGGCAGCGUGGUUCCUAUUCUGGCUGUGCUUAGUUACUGAUCUUUGCUGGGGAUCCUACUUGGACAUUCAAAAUUAGGGGAAAAAAGGAAGGUAUAACAUUUGGACACUCUAAAUUGUUUGUAUGUCAUUAUGAAGGUUAUAAAUAGAAGGACUAUUUUAUUUUGACACUGUUUUCUUCAUAGCAUAAGAAUAGAAACGUAUGAGAGAUGCAUUCAAGAAAUAUGCACCAGUAUUUGUUUUUAACAUGAUUGUAGGCAGGGCUGGAAUCAGUCCACCAAUAUGUGAACAAAAAAAGAAAAAAAUAAAAUUAUGCAACGUCAACAAAGUACCAGUGUUGAAUUCUACAGUGCUGUAUUGCCUGCGUUUCUUUAAACAAGCACAUUGUGUAUCCAUAAUGUCAAAGGCAUAGUCAUGCAUUCUA